AUGCCUUUUAUGGUCUAUGUCCAUGAAGAGCUUCCUCUAGGGGAUCUGGCAGGACCAGCUGACCUUGUGGUCUUGCCCUGGGAGCCCUCUUUUAUACACAAGGAUGAGUUCUUCUUCGGCAGCGGUGGUAUUUCCACCUGUCCCCCGGGAGGGACAUUACUUGGGCCUCCAGACACUGUGGUUGAUGCGGGGAACACAGAAAUCACAGAAGAAAUCUUUCUGGAAUACCUGUCCUCCCCGGGGGAAUAUCUGUUCCAGGGAGAAGCCUACAACCUCUUUGAGCACAACUGUGACACCUUCAGCAAUGAAGUGGUGCAGUUCUUGACUGGGUGGAAGAUCCCUUCUUAUAUCACUGACCUGCCCUCUGAAGUUCUCUCCACACCCUUUGGACAAGCACUUCGACCCUUCCUGGACUCCACCCAGAUCCAGCCUCCUGGAGGGAACUCUGUGGGCAGACCCAAUGGCCAGAGCUAA